AUGGGCGAAAUACCAAGGUCGCCCAUCGCGCUCGUGCUUAUUGGGACGAUCCCACCCAUCCGUGGCGCACUUUUCGUCGUCGCGCAGCUCCUGGGCGGCAUCGUCGCCGCCGCAAUUGCCAGCGCCCUCUUCCCGGGGCCCCUGACGGUGGGCACCGCCCUAGGCGGCGGCACCUCGAUCGCGCAGGGCGUCUUUAUCGAGAUGUUUCUGACCAUCUUCCUCGUCCUCACCGUGUUAUUCUUGGCUAUUGAGAAGCAGCGAGCCACCUUCAUCGCGCCUGUCUUGUUCGGCUUGGCGCUGUUCGUGGCCAUGCUGGCGGGUACGUACUUCACGGGCGCCGGUCUGAACCCAGCGAGGAGCUUUGGGCCGUGCGUCGUGUUGGCAAGCUUCCACGGCUACCACUGGAUCUACUGGGUCGGACCGGGCCUGGGGUCGAUUGUUUCCGCAGGGUUGUAUGGGUUGAUGAAGCUGCUGAGGUAUGAGGAGUCGAGCUCGGGUCAGCACGGCCCGGAGAUUGAGAUGGAGAACGGGAGGCUGUAA